AUGGAGGCGGCGACGAUGGCGUGGACGGCGGCGGUGGUCGGGGUGGGGCUGGUGUACUGGUUCGUGUGGGUGAUGGGCGCGGCGGAGGUGAAGGGGAAGCGGGCGGUGGAUCUCAAGAUGGGAUCCAUCACGCGGGACAAGGUGCAGGACAAGUACACUCAGUACUGGUCCUUCUUCCGCCGGCCCAAGGAGACGGCCACCACCGCGGCGUCGGCGGAGAAGGUGCCGGCCUUCGUCGACACCUUCUACAACCUCGUCACCGACAUCUACGAGUGGGGCUGGGGCCAGUCCUUCCACUUCUCCCCGUCGCUCCCGGGCCGCUCCCACCGCGACGCCACGCGCGUCCACGAGGAGCGCGUCGCCGACCUCCUCGGCGCCAGGCCGGGCCACCGCCUCCUCGACGUCGGCUGCGGCGUCGGCGGGCCCAUGCGCGCCAUCGCCGCGCACUCGAGAUCCAACGUCGUCGGCAUCACCAUCAACGAAUACCAGGUGAACCGCGCCCGCGCGCACAACCGCAAGGCCGGCCUCGACUCCUCGCGAUGCGAGGUCGUCUGCGGCAACUUCCUCUCCAUGCCCUUCCCGGACGCCUCCUUCGACGGCGCCUACUCCAUCGAGGCCACCUGCCACGCGCCCAGGCUGCAGGACGUCUACGGCGAGGUCUACCGCGUGCUCAAGCCUGGCGGGCUUUACGUCUCCUACGAGUGGGUCACCACCCCGCUGUACCGCGCCGAGGACCCAGACCACGUCGAGUGCAUCCACGGCAUCGAGCGCGGCGACGCGCUCCCGGGGCUCCGCCGCCAGGACGAGAUCUCGUCCAUCGCCAAGGAGGUCGGCUUCGAGGUGGUCAAGGAGCAGGACCUGGCGCUGCCCCCGGCCCUGCCCUGGUGGACGCGCCUCAAGAUGGGCCGCGUCGCCUACUGGCGCAACUCCCUCGUCGUCCGCGUGCUCACCAUGCUCCGGAUCGCGCCCAAGGGCGUCUCCGAGGUGCACGAGAUGCUGUACGAGACCGCGCAGCACCUCACCCGCGGCGGCGAGACCGGCAUCUUCACGCCCAUGCACAUGGUGCUCCUCCGCAAGCCUGUCGUCUCCACCGAGGAGGCGAAAUAG